GUUGUUGUUGUUGUUUCUCUUGAGAAGCUCUCUGAAGAAGAAGACUCAUGGAAACCAACAAAGACCAAGACUUUCGCUUCCGUACACUUGUCGUCUUCAUAUUUCUCUCUCCCUCUUCUCUUCUCUUUCUCUCUCUCUCUCUCCCACCACCACGACGUGCUCUCCUCUCAUUAUCAUUCUCUCUCACUCUCCCUUUUCUCUUCUUCACCAUUCGUCCCCAUUCCCAUAUUCUCUCGUUCUUGAAUUCCUCUGAUUGUCGAUGGAUUCGCUAAUUAUCGAAGAAGAAGACGAAGAGGCGUUGGCCACGCUCGUCCCUGUUCCUCCGCGGCGUAAAACGCAUUCCUAUAGCCUACAAUUCGAUCACAAGCCUCACCAUCAGAUCCGCAAACACAGCCUGGACGAGGUUCCUAGAUCCGCUACAUUAGCAUCCGAAGCCGUUUAUUUCGAUUCCUCCGACGACGAAUUCUCCACCGGAGGUAACAUCACAGAAAACGCCGCUGAUGAAACCAACGCCGGAGCUGAGGAGUACACCAUCGUUAAUCCUCCUCCCAAUGUCGGUCUUGGGGAUGACGACACCGAGCCAUUACCUGAAUUUAUCGGCGCUGGUGGCGGUUCCGGGAUAUUUAAGGUCCCGGUGCGCGCGGCGGUGCAUCCCGGACGUCCGCCGUGUCUUGAGCUGAGGCCGCAUCCGUUGAGGGAGACGCAGACUGGGAGAUUCUUGAGGAACAUUGCUUGUACGGAGACGCAGCUUUGGGCUGGUCAAGAGAAUGGUAUCAGGUUUUGGAAUUUGGAAGAUGCGUAUGAGGCUGGGUGUGGGAUUGGUGGCCAGGUCCCGCGAGGGGAUGAGGAUACGGCGCCGUUUCAUGAGUCUGUUACUACUUCUCCAACAAUGUGUUUGGUGGCUGACCAAAGCAACAAGCUUUUGUGGAGUGGUCACAAGGAUGGCAAAAUCCGGGCUUGGAAGAUGGAUCAGAGCUCUGUUUCUCAUGAUGAUGAUGAUUCUGAUCCUUUCAAGGAGCGUGUCUCCUGGCUAGCUCAUCGUGGUCCUGUCAAUUCCAUUGUCAUUAGCUCUUAUGGUGAUAUGUGGUCAUGUUCUGAAGGAGGUGUUAUAAAAAUAUGGCCUUGGGAUACGUUAGAGAAAUCUCUGCUGCUUAAACCGGAGGAGAAACACAUGGCUGCUCUAUUAGUGGAGAGAUCUGCCAUUGACCUAAGGAGCCAAGUUACUGUAAAUGGGACAUGUAGCAUAUCUUCCUCAGAAGUCAAGUUUUUGUUAGCUGAUUCAGUAAGAGCUAAAGUGUGGGCUGUGCAGUCACUCUCAUUCUCAAUCUGGGAUGCUCGGAGUAAAGACCUUCUGAAAGUUUUAAAUGUUGACGGGCAAGUUGAGAAUCGUGGGGAUCUGCCACCUAUACAAGACCAACAAGUUGAUGAUGAAAUGAAACUGAAGUUCUUCUCAGCUUCAAAAAGGGAAAAGCCACAGGGCUUUCUGCAGCGAUCACGUAAUGCCAUAAUGGGAGCGGCAGGAGCUGUUCGCCGAGUCGCCACUAGAAGUGCAGGAGCGUUUUCGGAAGAUACUAGGAAAACAGAAGCUAUCGUGUUAGCUGUAGAUGGAACAAUUUGGACUGGAAGCAUAAGUGGCCUAAUUGUUCAGUGGGAUGGAAAUGGAAACCGCUUGCGAGAUGUGAAUCACCAUCACCGGCCUGUUUUGUGCUUUUGCACUUUUGGUGAUCGAAUAUAUGUGGGUUAUGCAAGUGGCUACAUCCAGGUCUUGGAUUUAGACGGAAAGCUAAUUUCAAGCUGGGUUUCACACAAUGAACCUGUGAUAAAGCUAGCAGCAGGUGGUGGUUUCAUUUUCAGUCUGGCCACUCAUGGUGGAGUACGAGGAUGGUAUGUGACAUCUCCAGGACCCCUGGACAACAUAAUCCGAACGGAAUUGUCUCAGAAGGAAACUUUAUAUGCCAGACAAGACAAUGUUAGAAUUUUAAUUGGUACCUGGAAUGUUGGUCAAGGAAGGGCUUCACAUGAUGCACUUAUGUCGUGGCUGGGCUCUGUCACUUCAGAUGUAGGCAUUGUCGCUGUUGGGUUGCAAGAGGUGGAGAUGGGGGCAGGCUUCCUUGCCAUGUCUGCUGCUAAAGAAACGGUUGGACUUGAAGGAAGUGCCGUGGGGCAAUGGUGGAUUGAUGCAAUUGGAAAAGCCCUUGAUGAGAAAAACACUUUCGAGCGUAUGGGUUCAAGGCAGUUGGCAGGACUUCUGAUAUCUCUUUGGGCGAGGAAGGAUAUUAGAACUCAUGUUGGAGAUCUUGAUGUUGCAGCAGUUCCAUGUGGUUUUGGCCGUGCCAUUGGCAACAAGGGAGGUGUAGGUCUGAGAAUCAGAGUUUAUGACCGAAUAAUGUGCUUUGUGAAUUGCCACUUGGCUGCACACUUGGAGGCGGUUAAUCGCAGAAACGCAGAUUUCAAUCACAUUUUUCGAUUGAUGGUCUUUUCCCGAGGACAAAAUCUAAGUAACGCUGCAGCUGGUAUGGUGCCGUACCUGUUUUUGUCUUGCUCACUUGGCUUUUCCACAUAUUUAUUUUGGCUGCUUUAUUCUUCUGGUUUGCCAUGGGCCCUCUCUCUUGCAGCUGGUGUCUCAACUUCAGCUUAUACAACAAAGAGUAACACUAUUCCAAGCACCGGCGCUGAAGAAAUCAAGUCUGAUCUUGCAGCAGCAGACAUGGUCGCAUUUUUUGGCGAUUUCAACUAUAGACUGUUUGGUAUAACCUAUGAUGAAGCAAGGGACUUCAUUUCACAGCGAUCCUUCGAUUGGCUCAGAGAAAGAGACCAACUUAGAGCAGAGAUGAAGGUUGGAAAAGUCUUCCAAGGAAUGCGCGAGGCAUUAAUCACUUUCCCUCCCACUUACAAAUUUGAAAGGAAUCGCUCAGGCCUUGGAGGAUAUGAUUCAGGGGAGAAAAAGCGAAUUCCUGCGUGGUGUGACCGAGUUAUAUAUAGAGACACUCAAUCUAGCCCAUUCUCUGAGAGCAAUUUGCAAUGCCCUGUAGUUUCAUCAGUCAUAAUGUAUGAAGCUUGCAUGGAUGUUACUGAGAGCGAUCACAAACCCGUGCGCUGCAAAUUUCAUGCGACAAUAGCUCAUGUUGAUAAAUCUGUGCGGAGACAGGAACUGGGGAAAAUAAUAAGGUCUAAUGAGAAGAUUUUAUCCAUAUUCGAAGAUUUAAGAUUUGUUCCAGAAACUUCUGUGAGCACCAACAACAUUGUUCUUCAGAGUCAGGACACAGUCAUCCUAACAAUCACAAACAAUUCACCCACGAGCCAAGCCAUAUUUAACAUUCUGUGCGGUGGCCAGGCUGUAGUUAAGGAUGACGGAGAAGAUGCUGACUACAAUCCACGAGGCUCCUUUGGUCUACCACGCUGGCUCGAGGUUUCUCCCGCAGCAGGGAUAAUAAAUCCAGAAGGAUCCGUAGACGUUAAAGUUCAUCACGAAGAUUUUUACUCAAUGGAGGAAUAUGUUGAUGGCAUCCCACAGAAUUGGUGGUGCGAAGACACUCGAGAUAAAGAAGCAAUCCUGAUGGUGAACAUUCGAGGAAGCUGCUCAACAACAUUGAGAAGCCACUCUGUCAAAGUCCGUCACUGCUUCUCAGCCAGAGUAUGUCUCCUUGAGAACAGACCCACGAACCUAACAAAGAACUUAGGUGGUUCACGUCGUUACCCAACAGAUAUUACCCGUAAUGGAAGCACUAGACCAAGAACUGAAGACUCGGUUAGACGAGGUAAAAGCCGGUGAUGAGCUCUUGUGACUUUGACAGUUUUAACUAGAUCUUAGAGCAGAAGAACAACAAAGUCAUCACAAGACAAAUGCAUCAGGUGAAGAAUCGCUUUUAUUCAUUCGUUGAUUCUUUAGAAAAUUCAUUUUGUGUCAGAAAUUGUAGAUUUGCUUUGAGACUGUUCCUCAGGUAGCAUGUAUUCAACUUUUGUAUCUCCUCACUUGAAUCUA